UAGAGGCUUAGAGCUAUUUCAUGGUAAUAGAAAAGAGACGUGACAGUUUCGCUAACUCAGUUGAUCUAAUUUCACUAUCGUUAUAGUUUGUUCAUUCGAUCUAUCUGUACACGAUAAAAGAUAGAAUUCAGACUUAUCGAUUAUGCAUUCAAAAACUUGAAUGAUUAACGAUUUUCGCAAUACUCUAAAAUCCUACCUCUAAGAAUUAUACUGUAACCUAAUGUUUAAAAAUAUAAAAAUUAAUGAUAAUUAACCGUGUUGUUAUUAUGAGAAUGAAAUCAUAGUUAUUAAGUCUUCACAAUCUAUCCAAAUCAAAAAGAAAAUGGAUACAUUCUUUGGAAAAAUAAAAAUUAAAAAAAGGAAACAUGUUCAUGGAGGGAAAAUUUAUCUCAAGCUCGCAACUAAAUGCAAAAUUAAUGGAGGACAGAAUUGAAACUUUAAGGGACUAAUUGAUACCAAACCAACUUUAAAUGGACUUGACACCACUUUAGCAAAAUAUUUAAAGCAUUAGCGUAAAACAGAGUGACCCAAAGGGAAAUGCUUUUGCUCGAAGAACCCAUGGCUUCAUCUUCAACCAUUUUCAGCAAUGGUGUUUUGAAUGGAUUGACGACUUCGAACUCUUCCUUGUUCACCAACAACAGAGGCCGUGUGCCAAGUUCAUCUCUUUUCUUUCCUUCCCUGUCACCUGAAAUUGUUUGUAAUUCAUCAAGGUUUGUUCUUUUUCCCCCUUUCCUGUCAGUUCCUGCAAUCCCUUUCUAUGCACAUGUAUGAUUCAAUUCACACAAGUAUAUUUUUGUUACUUCAGUUGAUUUUUUUAUGGGUGCCUUGUGUUCCAGAAUUUUUCCGAACCCAAAUUGUUGGAGGAAAAAAAAUUUCAUCUUUGUUUUCAAAUUUGUGUGCAUUGCUCUGUGGUUAUCUACAUAUGUGGUUUUCAGUCCCAUGAUUGAGGGGUUUUAUAGGUUGAGGCUUUACCAUAGAAGAUUACCAUCAAAGCGUUUUCAUGGGGUGCCAAUAUUUUCCUGUUUAGUCGGGGAGAGUUCUGGAAUAGGCCCAGGAUCAGGGGAGUCCUCCAUUCCAAGUGAUUCUUCUGAGAAGGCUGAAAUUGAUCUUAAACUUCCCAGGAGAAGUUUGUUGGUGACAUUCACAUGUAAUGCAUGCGGUGAAAGAUCAGCAAAGUUAGUAAACAGAGUAGCUUAUGAACGUGGAACUGUUUUUGUACAGUGUGCAGGUUGUUUCCAACAUCACAAACUAGUAGACAAUCUUGGACUGGUAGUUGAGUAUAAUUUCAGAGAGGAAUCAGAUGCGGACUCAACUGCAGAUAGUCAUUGACAGAAACUAUUCGAACUCAUGAUUGAAUUUGAAAAAUGAUUAUAAUUUUGAUAUAAAUUUAACUGUGUAAACAAUGUCGUUACAUAUUCUCUUCUCCUGUAUGGCUACAGAAUGGCUCUUCUUGCUUAUAAUUAAAAGAAUUUUAGUAGUAUAUAAGGGAAAGAAUAGCCAUUGCUAAUCCUACGCAGGACCACAUUUUAGAUCUUCCUCGCUGCUGUAGAAGGGAUGUUGCUGCAUUCUGAAAUUAAGAGAAGAAGAGUUAGCUAUUAAAUAAUAGUGUUAUUAUAUAAGUACUAUCUGUUUUGAAAUAGAAGAUAACUCAUUAUCAGCAUUAUGACCGUUACCAAAUCAAGAGUGGGUGACGGUGCUGGUGCUUCCUCAGCUGGUGGUGUAGGUGGUGCAGGAGGGCUUGGGGGUAAGGGUGCUGGUGCUGGUGCAUGAUGCUUCUUGUGCUUCUUCUUCUUCUGCUUGUGUUUAUGUGGAGCUGGUGCAGGUGAAGGUCCUGAUUCAGGUGCUGGGGCUGGUGAUGUGACAGCCGGUGCUGGGGCAGGUGAUUUGACUGCCGGUGCCGGGGCUGGUGUUGGUGGGGCCUCAGGUGGAGGAACCGGUGCUGGUACAGGAGCUUCUUUUGUCGGUGCCGGAGCUGGCACUGCUGCAGUUGGGGCUGGUGCUGGAGGAGGUGUUGUGGGAGGAGUCACAGUCGGUGGAGGUGCAGCAGGUGAUAAUGCCGGUGAGACAACGGAUGGUGGUUGAGUUGGACUGGGAAGAGGUGAACUUUGUGGAGGUUGUGGUGGUGGUGUGAUAGGGCUCGAGGCCGGUGCUGCUUUAGGUGAUGAUGAAGGUGAUACAGGACUAGCUGGGGUCACUGCUGUCACCGGUGGCUGUGUUGUUGCAACUGGGGCGGUUGCACUUGGAGUAUUAGACGGAGAAGCUGCUGGCGCUUGUGCAUUGGCCAAGACUAAGAAAAUGCCGCAGCAAGCGAAAAGGUAUACCAAGAGAGAAUUAGCCAUUUCUUUCUUGUCACAUAAACUGAUGAGACAAGUAGUCCUUUUAUAUAGAAAUUUCCAGGAGGGUAGAAAAACCAAAAGGGUUUGGUGGAUGGAGAAAUGGAGCUGUCGUAAGGAAUGUUACAGCUUCUUGGUUGAUCUGGCAGAUUAAAGAUUGUUUAGGGCUGCAUUAUGAUUAAAAUGUAAUUAUGAGUUGAAUCAUUAAGCGUUGAGAAACAGGAAUACCAGAUUAUUGGUUACUUAGAAGUCAAAACAAUUUGCGUAACCAAGAGUUUCUAUCAUGCUGUCUAUCCUUCUUUUUGUUUCUGCUUUAGUUUGCUUGCAAUCCAUGCUACUUCCCCCCAAAGUCUUUUUGCCACAUUACAAAAUCAGUGGCAAAAAUGUUCUUUACCAAGAAGAGAUUUAUUUGAUAUGUACUUAUAUUUCCUUGGAUGAUACAAUUCGAAACAUA